AUCUAACGAUACUGUGAUGAGUGCAUCUAAGAGAAAGGCACGGCGUUUAUUUACUCACUCCCGAAUGUUUAUUGUAGAAAAAUCAGUGAGAUAAUGGACCGAGCCUGAUCAUCUAUAAAUUGCCGAAAGAGAAAUCGGGAGCUCUUAGUUGUUUGCGAUACGCUAUCGCGGCGUGUUUAAGACAUGGCACCGAAUCAAAACAAUCCGAAUCCGAGAAGUACGCUUCGGGUCGCCCUUAUCGGGCAGAGCACCUUCGCCGCGGACGUCUUCCACAGGUUGCGCCUGCACGGCCAUCAGAUCGUCGGGAUUUUCACGAUCGAGGACAAAAACAAUCGGGAGGAUCCGCUCGCGCUCGCCGGUCGCGAGAAUGACGUUCCGGUGUUCAAAUUCAAAACGUGGAGGAAAGGCGGGAAGGUUAUACCGGAAGUGCUGCACACUUACAUGGGGGUGAACGCCGACCUGAACGUGCUCGCUUACUGUUCCCAGUUCAUACCGAUGGAGGUCAUCAACUACCCACGCAUGCAAAGCAUCUGCUACCACCCCUCCAUACUGCCGAGGCAUCGGGGGGCAAGUGCGAUCAACUGGACAUUGAUCUGCGGCGACAAAGAGGCCGGGCUCACGAUCUUCUGGCCCGAUGACGGUUUGGACACCGGUCCAAUUCUCCUCCAAGAGAAGUGCGCGGUCGAGCCCAACGAUACCGUCGACACCAUCUACAAGCGAUUCCUCUACCCCGUCGGCGUCUCCGCCAUCGCUCGCGCCGUUGACAUGGUGGCCCAGGACACCGCGCCCAAAGACAUCCAGUCGGAAAAGGGCGCCACCUACGAUGCGAUGCUAAACAAAGCCGAGCUGCAGAAAAUCGACUGGACAAAGACGGGCAAGCAGCUCCACGACUUCAUCCGCGGCAUGGACUCGGUACCGGGCGCGUCCUGCACGAUCACACUACCCGAGGGCGAACCGCAAUACGCCUUGCUCUUCGGCUCGACCGUCUGGAGGAAGCCGGUACCUCAGGGAACGGAAAUCGCGAUCGAAGGCACCAAGCCCGGUGUCAUCCACGAGGACGGUUUGCUGCUCACUGGAUCCGACGGAGUGCACGUCAACGUCAAGCGAGUCAAGCUGAACGGUCGCAUGCGAGAGGCCGCCCGGCUCAUCGAGUCCUCGAACCAGGUCGCGCUCAAAUACACCACCGAGGAAACGAACUUCGUCAACUCCAUCAAGACCAUCUGGGAGAGCAUCCUGAAGACCGAGCUCGAGUGGGACGCCGACUUCUUCGCGUGCGGCGCCGGCUCGAUGGACGUCGUCAGACUUGUCGAGGAAGUAAAGGACCUGACCAAAGCCGAGCUGGCCAACGAGGACGUGUUUCUCGCGCCGGUUCUCGACGAGUUCUGCACGACCGUCAUACUCAAGCUGAGAGGAAGCUCCGCGCCGACCGAAAUCGAGUACGAGGGCGUCGAGCUGGAGGUGAACGGAAUGACGGUGAAGGUGCCCUGUCAGCUCUUCAUCGACGGCAAGUUUGUCGACAGCGCAGACGGACAGACGCUGACCUCCGUAAAUCCGAGCGACGAAAGCGUCAUCUGCAAGGUGCAGUGCGCAUCGGCCAAAGACGUGGACAAGGCAGUGGCCGCCGCGAAGAAGGCGUUCGAGACCGGCGAGUGGAGCAAGAUUAGCGCGAGGGAGAGGGGGCAGUUAUUGUACAGGUUGGCGGAUUUGAUGCACGAGCACCGCGAGGAGCUGGCGACGAUCGAGUCGAUCGAUUCCGGCGCCGUCUACACCUUAGCACUGAAGACGCACAUCGGAAUGAGCAUCGAAACGUGGAGGUACUUCGCCGGUUGCACCGAUAAGAUCCAGGGAUCCACCAUUCCCAUUUCGCACGCGAGACCAAACAAGAAUUUGACCUUCACCCGACGCGAACCCAUUGGCGUUUGCGGAUUAAUCACCCCGUGGAACUACCCGCUGAUGAUGUUGUCGUGGAAAAUGGCCGCGUGCUUAGCUGCAGGAAACACGGUUGUGAUCAAGCCGGCCCAGGUGUGCCCGCUGACGGCGCUGAAGUUCGCAGAGUUGGCGGCCAAGGCCGGUAUACCACCUGGAGUUAUCAACGUUCUUCCUGGUACAGGUUCAAAAUGCGGCCAAGCCAUUGCCGCCCACCCCCACAUACGCAAACUGGGCUUCACCGGCAGCACAGAAAUCGGGCAGGUCAUAAUGAAAACGUGCGCCGAAUCGAACAUGAAGAAAUGCUCGCUGGAACUUGGCGGCAAAUCGCCGCUAGUUAUAUUCUCCGACUGUGAUUUAGAUAAGGCCGUGCGACUGGGGAUGCAAAGCGUGUUCUUCAAUAAGGGCGAGAAUUGCAUCGCGGCCGGUCGCUUGUUUGUCGAGGCGAGCAUACACGACGAGUUCGUGCGGAGGGUCGUGCAGGAGACGAAACGCAUCGCGAUUGGGGAUCCGCUGCUGAGAUCGACGUCGCACGGACCGCAGAACCACCUGGCACACUUCGAGAAGCUGUUGGAGUUCGUGCAGAUCGGCGUGAAGGAGGGCGCCACGCUCGAGUGCGGCGGAAAGCGUCUGGACCGACCCGGGUACUUCUUCGAGCCCGCCAUUUUUACAGACGUUGACGACCACAUGUACAUCGCCAACGAGGAGUCGUUUGGGCCGAUCAUGAUCAUCAGCAAAUUUGAGGAUGGUGACAUCGAUGACGUUUUGAGACGAUCGAACGCAACCGAGUACGGAUUGGCAUCGGGGGUGUUCACCAAGGACCUCUCCAAAGCGCUUCGCUUCGCCGAGUCGCUCGACGCCGGUACGGUCUUCGUCAACACGUAUAACAAGACAGAUGUCGCGGCACCAUUUGGCGGUUUCAAACAGUCAGGAUUUGGAAAGGAUCUCGGUCAAGAAGCACUGAACGAGUAUCUCAAAACGAAGUGCGUCACAAUCGAGUAUUAGGUUUAGGAAAAAGUACAAUAAAGCAUUUUUUACGAAA